AUGGGAAGGAAAAGCAGCAACGGCGUCGCACGCAAGAAGUCUCAGCAGUCUCAGCAACAACAACAACAGAAAGCGUUCCCGAAAGGAGGACAAAACGGACCAAACAGCAGCAGAAAGAAGGAUUCAAGAAGAGGAGGGGGAAAAGAAGAAGAAGACAAAGAAGACAAAGACGAGAAGACGAGAAGAAACGAAGACGAGAACGAUGACGAUGAUAGCAUUACAAUUCACAACAACAUGAACACUUCAGUCGCAGUCGUCGACGUAUCCUUCGAUGCGUUCAUUAUCGACGCAUCCAAUAGAAUCGCCUCGCAGUUUGAUUCCAAACAAGUGGCUUUGCAAAGAGACUACGAGAUACAGUUACAAAGCGAACGCGAGGAAAAGAUAAUGUUAAACGAACAAAUGGAAGAUUUAAUGGCAGCAUUGGGAGAGAUGACGUUUGUAUCCGCGAAACAAAGAUGGAAAUUCGCGACCAAGUUAAUCUUGAGCAAAUUGAAAGAACAGAAAGCGACGAAAAAUGCCGAAAGGCUAAGAAAGAGAGCGCUGAGUUUAGAGGAACAACUGAGACGCGUCGAGCGGCACAUCUCAAACGCCGCCGAAGAUUUCGAUAACUUGAACAGAACUUUAGAGAAGGAAAGAGGAGAAAUGCAAAGAGCGAAAGAGUCCGAAAAGUUUGCGUUGGAAGAGUUGAGGAGGAAAAAGUUACUCUUGAAACAAAAAGAUGAAGAGGACAAGACGUUGUAUAACUUGUCGCCCUCGAAGAUGCGAGUGGCGUUGAGAGAGCAAGUGCGAAAAGAAAUAUUAGAAGAGAUGCGAAGAGACGUCGGUGCCCGAGUCGAACGAAUAACGAGCUCGGCGUACAGCGGAUCGACGUCGCCGUUAUCUCCGGAUGAAUACGCGUCUACUUUCGAUCGAUUGUUAUUAUUCGAAAAUAAAGUAGGAGAGAAGAAGGGCGAAGAAGACGAGGCGGAGAAACAACAACAACAACAAGGAAAUAAUAAUAAUAGCGAUACUACUAAAAACAAAAACAGGGAAUCGAGCAGCAGACGACAGGCUGCGUCGGAAGCCGCGCGUACGAUUGCAAAGUGCGUCGACGAGUUGUUAUCGUCCACAUCGUCCAGACUGCACAAAAGAAACCAACACGAGCACCGGCACAAAGACGGCGCGACCGAGGACUCGAAAAGGCAAGUCGCCGCGAAGAAUAUUAAAAUGAAGCUCGCUGAAAAUAGAAACACUCUCAACGACCCGACGGACGUGUUGAGACUGAUGGCGUUGAGCGCGCUCGAAAAGAGUAGCAAAUGA